AUGGCACGGUAUUUAACACCAUCCAAAGAAGAUUCUGACCCCAGCUCAACACCUUCAGAAGAACCCAGGGAAAACAGGAACAAUGUGACUGAAUUUAUCCUCCUGGGUCUCACUCAGAAUCCUGAGGGGCAAAAAAUUCUUUUUGUCACCUUCUUACUCAUCUACAUUGUGACAAUAAUGGGCAACCUGCUCAUCAUGGUGAGAAUCAUGGCCAGCCAGUCCCUGGGCUCCCCCAUGUACUUCUUCCUGGCCUAUCUCUCAUUCAUAGACACUGUCUAUUCCACUACCAUUGCUCCUAAAAUGAUCAUUGACUUACUGUAUGAGAAAAAGACCAUUUCUUUCCGGGCUUGUAUGACUCAGGUUUUUAUCGAUCACUUAUUUGCUGGCACCGAAGUCAUUCUUCUGGUGGUGAUGGCCUAUGACCGCUACGUGGCCAUCUGCAAACCUCUCCAUUAUCUGACCAUCAUGAGUCGGCGGGUGUGUGUUCUCAUGCUGCUGGUGGCCUGGGUUGGAGGUUUUCUCCAUUCAUUAGUUCAAUUUCUCUUUAUUGACCAGCUCCCUUUCUGUGGGCCCAAUGUCAUCGACAACUUUGUGUGUGACAUGUACCCCUUACUGAAACUGGCCUGCACCAACACGUACCUGCUUGGGCUGUCCAUGAUAGCCAACGGGGGAGCCAUUUGCUCUGUCACUUUCUUGAUCCUCCUUGUUUCCUACGGAGUCAUUCUGCACUCCCUGAAGGGCUACAGUUUGGAAGGGAAGCGCAAAGCCCUCUACACCUGUGCCUCCCACAUCACUGUGCUCAUUUUAUUCUUUGUCCCUUGUAUCUUCCUGUAUGCCAGGCCCAGUUCCACAUUUCCCAUUGAUAAAUCCGUGACUGUGGUUCUAACUUUCAUCACGCCCAUGCUGAACCCCCUCAUAUACACCCUGAGAAAUGCGGAGAUGAAAAGUGCCAUGAGGAAGCUUUGGAGUAGAAAAUUGACUUUUGCUGGGAGAGGGCCAAAUCGCUCACACAGAACCUGA